AUGACAGAAUUGAACGAAUACAGAGCUCACAAUCGUCAUAAGGGGAGGAUGAACAAGUAUAAUGGUAAGGUUCUUAUCUAGAGUAGACUUUCAUCGGGGUUUGGUUCGUAUUUUAUUUUUAUUUGUUUAUUUUGUCACUUUGAUAGUAAAAUUGCCAUCUUCCACCUACAAUAAUAUAUUUUUGUCACUUUUAACCUACUAUAAUAUAAUAUUAUUGCCAUUAUUUUAUAGCUCAUCACAAAAAUAAAGAAAGGGCAAACAAACGUGGAAAGGGAGUCGAGUUGCUCAACUUGAAUCUAGAAGCCAAUCCAGAAGUCUUCGGAACUUUGUUCACUCGCGCAGAAGAUCAGCACGAUACUCACUUGUCUUCGGACAAAGCUCCAUUGAAGUGUCGUUUUGAUGGUAGGUUUUAGUUUUGGAGACUUAUAAUGUAUUGUAUCAUUUUCUUGAAAAAUAGAUAACAUUUAUUUUAUUAAACAAAACAUUACACACUGUAUGUAAAGGAUGUUUGAGAUAUGUAAGAAGACUUUUGAUUUGCAGAUGUUCACUGUUACGAUUCUACUCGAGUUGUUCUGAAGAACAAGGAGACGUUCGUUCAUGCUAACAAGUUGUAUCUACCUGACCAACGAGAGUUCAUCUUGACUCAGAUGCCACUGUUAAACACUGUAGACGACUUCUGGAACAUGGUUUGGCAGGAGAAGGCGUACGCUGUGCUGGUUAUAUUGUCCAAAGAGGAUGUCAAGUAUGACAGAAUGCAGAUGUUGCCUGAGAAACGGUAAGGUUGAUAAGUUUAUCUUUGGUAUCUUUGUAAAAUAUGAUGUACUUUAUAAAGACGGCAUACUGUAUUGUGUGCCACCUGGAUUGAGAUAGCUUUCAAUAAAUCAAUACCUUUAGGGCCGAUUACUAUGGCGAUAAUAUACUGGUGAAUCAACAGAUGGAAGCUGUCGCUUUCGACGACCUCCGACUGUCAGUGUUGGGGUUGUCCAAGGACAGAGAGCGACGUCAUCUUCGCUGGAUUCAGUACUCUUCCUGGGAACACGAGCGACUUCCGAAGAAUGGCGAUCGCUUAUGGCAAAUCCAGUCGUAUCUACGGUAAGCUGUUCUAAAUAUGCUUAAUAUACAAGUAGUACUGUAAUAUGUACAUGUAUACUACAAUCUUGAUAACAUCAGAAUUCUUUUUAAUGAAUUUUUUUAGCAAAGCGUACGGUCCUAUCAUCGUCAUGAGUUUGUCUGGAGUCGGUCGAGCCAGUGCCUACUUUUUGUUUGAAGUAAGUCAACAUAUUGUGGUUGAAGGGUUGUGUUUACUACUAUAUAAGAAAAAAUUAUUGAGGUUUAAAUGUUGUUGUAUGUACUAUAAUAUGCAAUUUUAGUUACUGCAUUACCAACUACACAAUCGCCAACAAGAGGAGGUCAACUUAGAGAAGAGUGUCAGUUUCAUUAGGAGCCAGCGACAAGCCAGUCUCCAAUCAGCUACUCAAAUCGACUAUGUUAUUCGCUUACUGAGCUCUCAUUUCAAGAGAAAGGUACACUAACAACUUCGUGGCAUCACCCAGAUUUAAACGAUUGAAUGAGAAUAACAAGUUUAUUAAGUAACGUAGUUUCAGAAGGAGGGACGGAAGACCGACGAUGAGUAA